CGUACUGUCCGGAGUAUGACAUGUAGCGUUGUUGACAUUUUUGCCGAUAUAUUUAGUUUUUUCCUUUCGUUAUUUUGUUUUCCCGCGUUCAUUUUGCCCCCAUAUGUCUACUAAUUACAAUGGAGCUGAUAAAGUGCCAAAAAAUACGUCGAAAAGCCGGAGGAGCCUCAAACGUAUAUUCUCUGAUUCUGAUGAGGAAAUCAAGAAGAUUGGCGGCUUUCGGGGCUUCGACAAGCAGCCAAAAGUGUUGCUGGAGCGUUACGACAUAUCUCCAUACCUAAAUGGUAAAAGUAAACUGUCUUUAAAGACGGAUUUUGCCUCUGUUUACUUGACCGAGGAUCCGCUCAAAGUUAAUAAGUUAUUGAAUGAAUGCGCUGUUAUACUUCAGAGGCAAAACUUGCCUGAGGUGAAGGAGACUGUUCUCAACAGGUCUCCAAGGUCCGACGUGUCUAUAAGCGAGCUGGACGAAAGUAUGGCCAGCUUGAAAUGUAAAAUAUGUGAUAAAGUAUACGCUAGUGAGAAGAAACUACUGAACCACCAGGAGAAUAAGCAUAUGAUAGUCUACAAGCCUGAGCCUAAGCCACAUAAACGUGUAUCGUUCUCCGAUCAUAUCGUAGUGCACGAGGUUCAAGAGUACCACAAAUGCAGGAAAUGCACUAAAAUAUUCAAAGAUUACAAGUCUCUGAAGAGCCAUAUGAAACAAAGUCACAAGAAACGUAAAUGCUACAUCUGCCAUUACUGCAACAAGAACUUUAUUGAUCGAAUGUUCUUCAAAGUCCAUAUUAAACUCCACUGCGAUAUCUGUGGUGUGUUAUGUAGAAAUAAGUCAAGCUACUUAGAGCACAGACGUAACGUAUGCAGAGCGUUGAAACUACAUAAAUGCAAGACCUGCGACUUGUCAUUCUAUAGAUUUAUGGAUCUGAAAGAUCACAGCUACGAUCAUAUGAGCACAUAUUUCAUCUGUGAUAUCUGUAAAGAUCAAUUUCCAACUAAAUGUGCAGUGUCUCAUCACAUUUCGUUCUUGCAUUCCAAGAAUCGUCCAACAUCAUUGUACCGAAUGCGUAACUUAGGCAGUGAUAGACUAUAUCUGUGCAAUUUCUGCGAUGAGAGCUCAGUGGAUAAAGAUAUUAUAGAAAGUCAUGUGCAAACGCUACCGGAUUUGACAAACCGAGCCAUGACUGGGUAUAAAGACUUCUACUUCUGUGACCAAUGCUUGAAAAAGUUUGGGACGGAGCAGGACAUGUUGCAACACAAAUGGACGCAUUUCUUGAAAACAAGUGACAAUUCACAAGAGCGGCCACUUGUAUCUAUUUUAUCCAAGAAAAAGGAUGUUAAAAAAAACCCUUUUAAUUUUAACAUUAACGACAAAAUUCCAGAACAUAUGUUGCCUACUGUUGUAUUAGAAAGAGUUGAUUUGGGAAGUAUAAAGAAACAAGCUGCUAAUAAUGCAAAAGUCAAUAUUAAUGCAAAAGUCAAUAUUAAUGCAAAAGUUAAUGAUAAUGCAAAAGUCAAUAGUAAUGCAAAUGUCAAUGGUGGAAAGAAAACUAUUAGAAAGACUUUGCUCUCCAAACAUCAGUGUCAGCUGUGUGGCAAAUACUAUUCAUCAAAUUACUGCCUGAACCGCCACAUUGAAACGCAACAUAUAGACUAUGAAAACCUCAGAUGCAGAGUCUGCGAAGAAACGUUUGUGUGGCCAUCUCUCCUCCAGUCCCAUCGGUGCAUACGUCUGAAGAUACCGGAGAUGCCGUUUGAUGAUGCAAGACCGGAGAUCCACUUUGACAACCUCCACGAAAUCAGCCAAAAUGGUAUUGAUGACUUCAAUAUAGAUGACAACGAUGAUUACAUGAGUACAGUAGACUUCGAGAUUCCUGCGCCUAUUGUGGAACUAACUGAAGGUACAAAUGCAUAUAAACCUAAUAAUAUUAAUUGCGUUUCUCCAUUGCAGAGCUUAGGAUAUAAGGUUGUAAUGCAAGAAGUACCAAUCGAAUUCUAGUUUUAAGGUCAUAUAGCAGACUUAUCAACUCGGAAAGGGUUCACACCGUAUCGCCUUUCGCGAGCUGGGCCCCGAUUACGCUAAUUUUUAACGUCUCCAAUACAGACGCGCUUAUUCGAUUCUGCGAUACGAUUGGUCAAAACAGCUGACGUCUGUCUGUUGGAGAUGUUAAAAAUUAGCGUAAUCGGGGCACUGUUGUCACCUUUCGCGCGCUGUCAUCAAUCGAGAGGCGAGGCGUUUACGUUAAGGUUGCCUCGAGUUGAUACGGUUACGAUACCUUUCCGGGUUGAUAAGUGUGCUACGUCUUUUAGAUCGUAAGAACUAUUUUAUGUGUCACUGAAGUACGUAAGUAGACGUUAAUGAGACUUCCUAAUAUUUUUGUGUGUGCUCAGUUCAAUAUUGGUUUGUUAAGUAUUUCUAGAUAGAAUUUUAAAAUCAUAGAAGUCUGAUUUACUUAAUAAAAGUAUUUUAAUGUUUUUGUUCUCAUAAUAUGUAACUGGGACAGGAAAAAUCUAAAUUUUUAAGAAGUUUUACAUAAAUUAGUAUAGACACAAACAUGAUUAGAUAUUUUGAAUCAAUGCACAUUUUAUUGGCUACUGAUCAUUGGCGGUUAUUCCCACUCGUCACCCCUAGCUUUGUCCCUGGUGACGAGUUGGAAUUUUUCUGAAAAAAAUCAUUUGUUAUCAGAUUUAAAUUGGCUUUGAGAUUUUUUUUACGUAAUUAACGGUGGUUGGUCGUAUUUUUUUUACCGAAAUCAACAAAAACCGUCUAAGUUGUGGAAUGCUGACCUGUUCAUAGUUGUCCAUAAUAUUCUAUCGUUUGUGUUGUGAAUAUAGUUGUGCUUAUUUACCUACACAUAGAUGCUUAAAAUAAUGUUUAUCUAUACAAAUAUUACAUAGUCGAAUUGAUCCAUUCUGUAAAGGCCAUUAUACUAGUUCUAAAACCUUACAUUUGUUAGAUCAUCUUGCAAUCAGUCAGGAUACUAUCAGCAGGUUUAUUUUAAGCAGAGAUAAUGAUUCCCAAUUGCCCCCACCAUUGAGGGCAACUGGUAAUUUAUUUACAUAAAUAGAAUACUAUCCAAUUAGAUUAUGUCCAUUAUGAACAUUUUAUUUAAAUCCGUUUGAUAGUUUUCGAAUAUCGCGGUCAGAUUCAGUUAGACAGGCGCUACUUUGUUUACCGACUUAAAAAAGGGGGGAGGUUUUAUGUUCAUUUAUAAUUUCAAUGGGACAUUUUUGUAAAUAAAUUCCCAGUUGCCCCCAGUGGGGUGACAGUGGUAGGGGCAACUGGGAAUAACCUUAUGAUGGGUGAUUAGAGCUAAUCCCCAUUGAGUCUCCCCAUAGUUAAAUAUGGCCAUCUGAAUCCAGAAUGUGCCAUUUGUUCAAUAGUCAUCCUAUAAUUUAGUAACUGAGCAAGAUUACAAUUUCUAAUCAUUUAUUUUGCCUUUUAUUGUGGGUUAUUAUUAUUAUUUGACCUUUUCUAAACUGUUAAGUAUAUUUUUGCGAAUGGUUACUUGACAUUCUUUGUUAUUGUAUCAAGAAUUAUGCUAUUCUUAUACACAUAAUUAUGUUUUUUUUUUCUGAUUUAAUUUAACAUUAUUAUUUACUCACAUCCUACUUAAUUAUUGAUAUAACGCAAAAUCUGAUUUUUAUUUUAAUAGACGAAAAUAAUUCAAGAUUAAAAAUAUUUUCAUUAAAAAUCCCCCAUCAUUCUGAACCAACUAUUAAGAUUUUGCGUUAAUGCAAUUCAUGUUACAUUAUUUCUUUAGUACAUAAAACGUUGUAGUUUGAUAUAAGUUGAUGUUACAUAAUAUUAUUAUGGCACUGAGAAUCUAUUUUAUUAUUAUAUAGGCAUAUUAUUACUAUUUUAUGGCUGACAAACUCGAUUUGUGUCAAAUUUUAUGUUAACAUAACAUACUGCUUGGUUAUCAUUUAUAUUUUCAAUUAUUUUUAUAAGUAGAGUUAAAGUUAUAGGUAGUCUCACGUUAUAGAAGAAGACAUUAAUUUGUUAUGCAUGCGAAAAAAGAACACAUUUUUAUUUUACACGUAUUAGGUAUUUUGCUACCUAAAUCAAACUUGGCUUCAAAAUAUAUUUUAUCAGUAAAUUAAGGACAUAAGUACAUAUUUACUAUACUAACAAAAACAAUAAAAAAAUGUAAAUACUACAUAGCUGUAUGUACAAGCAAUAUUGGUAAUUUAUAGAAAAAGUGUGACUAAAAAUUAUUUUGUAAAAAGUUAAAUACAUAUUGGUGUUACCUAUCUUUAUUAGUCGGUGAGCCAUGAUUAUUAGUAUUGUAAUAUCAAAAUAUUAUGUUAGAAUGGUUUGGUUGAAAUAUAUUUCUUUUUGCACA